UUAAACUUUGAAGCGGGAGAACCAUCAACAAGUCAUACUGCAAGUGAAAAUAGACAGAUUUCUACUCUGUCUACAAUAAUAUCGAAUCCUGUUAAUCGGCUGGUGCAAUACAGUAACUCAUCUACUGAAUCAGAAUCAGACAAAACUCCAAUAAAAGAAGUUUUAAGAACAAGAAAACGUAAAAGAAAUCCACAUUUAUGGAAGAAAAAUCAAAGAAAAGAAAAGUAUCAAAAGGGUUUACGUUAUGUCAAUGCCAAAGGUGUAGCCGUUGUUGCUAGGGAAAUUAAAACAGACAAAGAUUGUGGCGAAAAAUGUCGUUAUAAUUGUAAAUUAUUCAAUGAAGAAAUAAGGAUGGAAAUUAAAAAUAGUUAUUACUCCCUUGACCAAAACGGAAAAUAUGCGUUUUUGCUCAAUAUGACCAAAAAAAUCUUAGUAAAAAGAAAACGAAGCUCCAAAACAAAUUAUAAGUCCUUUUCCUUUGAAUAUUAUUUUCAAAUAAACAAUGAACCCAAACGUGUAUGCAAACCUUUUUUUUUAAAUACUCUUUGCAUAAGCCAAAAACCCAUAUAUAACGUGCAUCUUAAAAAAAGUGACUCAGGUACCACUCAAACUGAUAAAAGAGGAAAAAAUACAAAAGAUCGCAUAAAUGAGUUAGAUAAAAACAGAAUAAAACAACACAUAGAAGCAUUUCCAUGUGUUGAGUCUUAUUACUGCCGCAAAGAUUCAAAGAAGAAAUAUCUUGACCCUACUUUAAACGUUCAAAAGAUGUAUGACCUUUAUGUCGAAAAGUGCAACAACGAACAAAUCGAACCAAAAAAAUUGUCCUUGUACAGACACAUUUUCAACUAUAAUUUUAACUUGGAGUUUUUGCAGCCAAAGACAGAUAGAUGUGAUGUUUGUGAAGAUUAUAAUCUGGCUAAAAAAGAAAAAAGAGUUGAUGACAAAAAAGAAAGUGAUUAUAAAUCCCACAUUGACAAAAAAAAUUGGAUGCGUCAGAAACGUGAGAAUGAUAAAACAAAAAAUAAAAAUCCUAAUCGUGCGGUAAUUUGCUUUGAUCUGGAAAAUGUUAUAAAUUUACCAAAAUCAGAAGUGUCAGUUUUAUUUUAUAAACAAAAAUUAACUGUAUACAAUUUAACUGCUCACUGUUCUCUUGGUAAAGAUGUUUUCUGUGCAAUGUGGUCUGAGACCAUGUGUGGCAGGUCAGGCAAUGACAUAUCGAGUGCUUUUAUACAAAUUUUGGAAAAAGUAGUUUUAAUCCAUCCUAAUAUAACUGAAAUAGUAACUUGGAGUGACAGUUGUGUGCCACAGAAUCGAAAUUCAUUAAUUUCUGUGGCUGUCGCUGACUUUUUAAAAAGAUAUCCAGGUAUUUCAUGCUUUACUAUGAAAUACUCUAUUCCCGGACAUUCCUGUAUACAAGUUGUAGACAAUAUUCACUCCCGAAUUGAAAAAGCAAUGAAAGUCACAGAUAUUUGGUCGCCUUUGUCGUUGAUAAGAAUUCUGUUAAAAAUAGACAGGAAAAAGGCAUUUCACAUUAUCAAUAUGAAAUUAGCGGACUUUAAAAACUUUCAACAUGUUGCUUCUUUUUAUCAAUACGACAAAGUUAGCCAACUGCGUUUCCUACAAGGUGAACCUUACCAUGUCGCAUUUAAAAAAGAUAAUCACCAGGCGCCAUUUGUAACAUCAAACCUGCUGUUAAACCUAAAAGAAAAGGAAAAGCAAAAGAAAGUGAUAUUCCUUCCAUUAUUCCACCAGUCAUUUCAGGAAAAGUAA